AGGAUCUGGCAAGGCAGAAUUUCGCAGCAAAGGUUGAAGGGGAGCUCGGUGCCGACAAGGGAGAUGUCAUUGAAAUGCGUUUGCAGCAGUAUAAGCGGCACGUCCUGACGAUCAGCGAAUUCUUCAAGAAUUCAGUGCGACGCAUCGAAGUGCAUGGAGGAGAUCACGAGCAGGAAAGUGUCUACAAGACGAUUUGCAGCAAUUUGCACUACAGGGGGUUCUCAAAUGCGCCUCUUCGUAUGCAUCGCAUUUGCGUUCUGGGGCCAUGCGCUUCCGGCAGGACCACACAGUGCAGCAUGCUCUCCAAGAGGCUUGGUGUUGUUCAUGUGGAUUUGGCGACAUUGCUCCGUGAGAAGCAGGGUGAAGGUAAAGAAGAAGUGCCACCAGAGUUUGUAGGUGAUGAAGAAGCGUGCGCGCUUAUAGGAUCGCGGCUUCGACAAACGGAUUGUGUCAGAAAGGGUUGGGUCCUGGAUGGCUUCCCAAAGACAAGGGCACAAGCAGAAUUCUUGAGGCAGGCUCAUUUGUGGCCAUCUCGCGUCAUCCAGCUUCAAGUUGCAGAUGCAGUUGUUGAAACACGCGCUUCGUCCCGACGUGUGGAUCCUGUGACUGGCAUUGCGUACUACACGAAUCCAAACAGCGUGGCAAUCAGACAGCGGCUCAUUCAAUGUCCACAUGACCAGCCAGAGAAGGUUCGUGUGCGAGUUGCCCUUUUCGGCGAGAACAUACAGCAGGUUGCAGAUUCCUGGAAGAGAGUCUUUAGCUGUGUUCUCGCCGAUGGCCAGCCGGAAGAUGUUGCUGCAGGCGUGCUGGAAAGAGUCUCUAAUCCUCUGCAAUCAGAGAUUGCACAGGACCCGAACAGUGGCCUCUGAGAGGUUUUUCACGACGCCUCUUGUCUUGUCAAUCGCAAAAAUUGAAGGAACUCUCAGGCCAUGGGUUCCGCUCCCACGGAUGCAUUGGUAAAGCUAGUGGCAAGGCAAGUUUGAGCCUUGUGCUCAAGUGCUGGUUUCACAGGAGCUGAAAGCUGGCUUCUCUUGCAAGACAACGCAAGCAUAAUUAUAC